AUGUUUUUGGCUUUUAUGAUUUAGAUUGUAUUUGGUUGCCAAGUCUAUGAAAAAGAGAGAAACCUCUUUCCUACAGAAGAAGAAUAUUAUAAUGUCUAUAUGAAUGAACUUUUUAAUGGAGAUAACAUGAUUUUCUAAUGCAAAAAUUGUCCUGAAAAUGUCACAUUGUGGAAUACGAUGAAUUUAAUCGGAAAACCAUUUAAUACAGGAUAUAUAUUUAGAUCAAUAGCAAAUAAUAACUCUCAUUUUGUUGCACUUUCUGAUAACAAUACAAUAAAUAUUUACAAUUGGUAAAAUUAAUCACUUAAAACUGGGUAAAUACUGAAUAUAGGUUCAGACUUAAACUGUUUGAAUGUUGUCUUUACAUUAGAUGAUUAGUUUCUUUUAGAUUGUUAUAUUGGUGAUAUGAUUUAGAUAUAUUACUUAGAAGGCUUGAAUUUAUCACUAGUUUUUUAGGAUUAUGCAGCUUAUCCGCUAAGAACUAAUCUCUAUUCCUUUAGGUCCAAUUAAAUUAAUUAUACUAUCUAUGCAUAAUAUUAUAAGUAGUAUUAAAUCUUAACACUUUUAAAAUAUGAUGAUUCGUUUCAAAAUCAAUAAUUUAUUAAUGUCUCAACUUGGGCUUCCAUAUUUCAAGAUGUUGAAAUUUCAAUCAAAGGAAUCGAAGUUAAUACAUUUUAUGUAUUAAAUAAUCAAGAGAUCAUUUUGUUAAAAAUCACAGAGGAUGAGAAAUUUUCUUCAGAUUACUUUUUUCUUAUUAAUCCUCCAUCCCAAUAAAUGACCAUUUAUUAAUCUGUAAACAAGUAUUCAGAGUGUGAUUAAUUAUUUUUAAAGAGCAAUUCAUUGAUUUAUUCCCUCCUAGUUUGUGAAGAUCAACCUGAUUAGGAAUUAUAUUAAUAAGAUGAGAUGUUUUAUUAGAUAGACGAAAAUAUAGAAAUUUAAUAAUUUUAUGCAAAUGACCUGUUUUUAAUUUUAUAAACUAAUAAUUCGCUUAUGAUUAUAUCAUUAGAAACAAAGACAUUAUUGAGAUAAAGUCAAGCGGAAUCUAUGUAAAAUUUUACAAAUAGUUAAAUAUAUUUCAACCAAUAACGUAAUGAAUUAAUGAUUUUUAACUAUUAUACUUAUGUUUAUCAAUUAGAAAUACCUAGACUGAGUGGAUACUUCUAGGUUACAGAUACAAAAAAAUAAAUGGAUGAAAUUUAUAUAUUUGCCAUUGAUAACUUUGGAAUUGAUAUUUGCUUUGUGAAAUUAAAAGUAAAAACAUUAAAUUUGAAUGAUUAUGAUGUCUAUGAAUUAUAUGAAAAUUAAGUCGAAAACUUUUACACAUUUGAAUAGAAAAGAUUUGUGCAAUAAAUCAAAAAUAUUAAUGGACCUUUGUUAGAGAUCUAAUAUAAUUAAAACAAUUACAAUUUAGGAGCAUUUAACAAUAUUACCUUCUACAAACUUUAUGAUUUUAAUAAAGAAUUUGAGAUGAUGAAAAUGAUAUACAUAGAAACUACAUAUAUUGUGGGAAUAUAGAACAAAUCUAUGACAAUUUUUGUAUUUGAAUUACCUGAACUAUUAGACUAAAGUUCUGUAAUAUAGUUAGAUACUUAAGAUCAUUAAAUAUUGAGAGAUUUACAAUUAGCAUAUUCAUUUUAAGAAUCUUAAGUUACCAUAAUUAUUGGAAUUAAUUUUGACUAAACUACACUGUUAUUUUACUUUGUUACAGAAUAAUAAGCAGAUUUCACAAUUUUGUCAAAUAUAACUGUUUCAACCAUGCAUUUCAAUCAAUUUUUAUUAACUUUUAAUUGUUAUAUUUUGAUGUUUGAUAAUAAAAUCAUAUUAUAUUCUUUUGAUAAUGUUAAAUAGAUUAAAGUUGAUUAAGAGACAAUAUAGUAAUAUCUAGGGGAAUAUGUGGAUUUUAAUCCUACCGAAAUGACUUUGGAUCAAUAACUACAAUCUUCAGUUGUAUUUGUAAGUAACUAAUACAAUUUCAUAAUAUUUGUAAUUGAUUUUGCUCUUAGAAUGAUACCGUAUGGUAUUUAUUAUGUUGAUUACAUAAUCCAAUAGAUCAACAUAGUUAAUUAGAAAUUGAUAUUAUCUUAUAAAUGUGAUCAAGGAUUAUGCUUUGAUGUUUGGAAUACCUAGAACUUAUUAAAACCAUUCUAUGAGAAAAAAUUGAUGAGUAUAUCCUAAUAAAAUGGCGUUACUUGCUAUUCUGACAAUCUGUUCUACUAUGUGAAAAUUGAUAAAAAACAAACUUUAAUUUAUAAUCCAAUGUUGUCAUAUCAUUAAUCCUUAUUUACAUCAAUUCAACUUAAUGGAUCAUAUUUUUCCAGCAUAGUAGUAGAGGGUUUAUCAGCUUUAGCCUUUGGUAAUAAUCUCUACUCACUUUUUCCCUUCUUUACAUUUGAAUUCAUUCGAAAUAACUCAUACUAAACCUUUGAAUAUCUCCCUAGCACAAUUUAUAACUUCACUAUAAGAUCUUAAUUAAAUGGGGGUGAUAAAUCGUACACCACCAAUAAUUAAAGUCUUUCCAUUCUUAAUCCUUAAUUGAACAUGUUUAUUGAAAAUAUUACAAUAGUUAUUGAGGAUGAAUCUGAUUUGAAGUAUACCUAUACUUUUGAUAACGUAUCAACGAUUGGAUAAAUCCUCUAUUUUGAAUUGGAACCAGAAGAUGAUAGGCAUCAAAUAUCUAUAAAGAACUUUCAAAAUGCUAUACAAUUAUCUAGUUAACUUAACAAUGAUGACUAAUUUACUAUUCUAACUGUAGUCAAUAACUUAUUUGUACUCCAAAAUUAUAACAAACUCAUGAUUCAAAACACUAAUGUUGUAUUCAAUUUGAAUGACACACAAAUCUGCUAUUAAUCGUAUGCUUAUAAUUCUACUCUCUAUUCAUAUUGUUAAAAUAAUUCUAGUUAUUACAUAAUAAGUUUCUAAAUCAAUAAUAUUUCUAUUGUUCAAAAUGAAUAAAUUAUUAUAUUACCUAAUAAUGAACUUUAUGUAUCAGAAACUUCUUUAUCUGUUAUUUCUGAUGGGCUCUUUUACUUAACUCCUGACUCAUACUUAUAUUAUUAUAAUUUGUAAUCAAAACAGAAUGUCAUUAUAACCUAAUGCAAUACAAAUACUUUUCAACCCAUAGUAAUUAAAUAGGCUUCGAAUUACUUACUGAUCGCUGUUUUUUAUGUUUGUUAAGAUAAUGAUAAAUAUUUAAGCUAUAUUAUUGGCAAUUAUAGUAAGAUUAACUAUACAAUACAAUUUUAGAAUAAUUUCAGAACUAUUGAUAUUAUAGAAACCUAUUUCAGCAAUAUCGGUGAUUUUUAUAUUCAACAUCUUUAAGUUAUCAAAUAAGAACUCAAAGAAAUAAUUAUGUUAAUUACCACUAAUCAAUAAUUAAUUUUUCUUAUCUUAUUCAAUGUUAAUUAUGGUAUCCAUGAUAACACAGACAUUGAAAUCAAGUUUUAAGAUAUUAUUUCUACUAUAGCUCCUUAUAAUACUAUAGAUUUUGAAAUAUAAUAGCAUCCUAGAAUGGCAGGAUCCAAUUUGCUAAUUUUUUUAUCUAAUAAAAAGAUAACAACUGAAUUUUUGCUCUUGGUUUAUGAUUUAGCAGAUUUAUCAUAAUUUAAUAGAUCAUCUCCAAUUAGAUUAUAGGGAGGGUAUAUUAUUCCGCAAAUGCAAUAUAAUUUCAUAUUGGGUUUCUAGAUAUUUUCUGAAAAUCGAAAUAAGGGAUAGAUCCUGAUUUUGACAGAAUAAAAUAUUUAUAAUUUUAAUUUCAGUACAUUUACUUUUUGUUUGGAUAUGCCAUUAUACUCGAAGGAAAAAUAUAUUACAUUUAGACUGACUGGAGCUAACACGUACUUCAGUACAACUUCCUUAAUCCAAUUCUAGUAUGAAACAUAAGAAGGAUGGUUGUAUGGAUUAUAUACUAUCAUUGCUGCAAUUAUGAUAAUCUCUUUAAUAUAUUGUUGGCAAAGAAGAAAAGCGCCGAAUGAUUAUGAGAUAAACAAUGAUGAAUGGAUAGAAUUUUGA